UCAUAGAGCAGAGUCUCCGAAAAAGCCAACAGCCGAGGGCUCCGCAGAUAAAGCAGGAGAUUCUGGCAAGAAGAAGCUUCUUCAGGCAUGGGUCUCACCCUCUGACACAUUCCCUAGCCUAAGCCAGCAGAGCAGUGAAACCCUGUCUCCUAAGCACAGACUCCAUCCUGUGAAGCCAAUGAACGCCACGGCCAACAAGUCUCAGAGCAAAAACCUCAACGUCAUCAGCACUAUGAAUGAGAAGCUGCUGGGGAUGAAUGUGAAGAAAUACGACCCUUCAGACCCUGCCUAUGCCUACGCCCAGCUGACCCACGACGAGCUGAUCCAGCUGGUGCUGAGGCAGAAGGAUGCCAUCAGCAGGCAGGAUCUGCAGGUGCGGGAGCUGGAGGAUUACAUCGAUAACCUGCUUGUCAGGGUCAUGGAGGAAACCCCAAACAUCCUGCGUGUGCCAGCCUCUGGCAACAAAAAAGCUGGAAAGAUGUAA